UACGUUUUGUUCCCCUGUUGUCCGCAUGUGUCAGCUGGGAUUUUUCAUCCAAAUCAGCGGAGUGAUUUUUGCACAUAUCAAAACUUUAUAGACCCCUUUUCUUUUCCGAAGGCUUUAUUGUAAUGCUGUAUUCGGUUAACUAAAUUAAAUAUGUCCGGUUUAGGGAAUUCAUCCACACAAAGUAAACGAAACUGAAAAUUGUUAAGGUUUUAUGCUCCGUAUGUGACAGUGAAAAUGGGAAAGAAAAGGGGGAAGGACAAGAGUUCCAGAGAGGACGAUGACAUUGACCUUACAGGUCCAUCCUGUAGGCAUAUCAAGAAGGGAACAGACCAAACUCUACUCAAGAAACUUUAUGGGCAUUCUGAUUGGACUAGUUGCCAGGAUUGUAAGCAUGAAGAAAAUAAAGAAAAUAACAGCACUCCCCUGCCACAGGAAUCUGAAGAGGAACAAGAAACAGCAGGCAUAUGGAUGUGCUUGAAAUGUGGUCAUAGAGGAUGUGGACGAAAUGCUGAGCAACAGCAUGCCAUCAAACAUUAUGAGACUCCUCGGUCAGAUACACAUUGCCUGGUGGUCAGCAUGGACAACUGGAGUGUGUGGUGUUACAUGUGUGAUGAUGAAGUCCAGUACUCCAGAACUGGACAUCUGGCUCAGCUGGUGACCAAUCUAAAAAAGCAAAUCUCUGCAGAUCCCGUAAAAAGACCACAGAAAAGAGUGAAAGAGGAAAACAGCCUGUUGGAGGUUGAGCAGAAGACAGAGGCUGUAAAAGCAGAGGAAAGUGAGGACAAGGAGAACAAAGAAAACAACAAGGACAACCAAAGGAAAAACACUAAGAAAGAGAGUGUUGGGAAAUCACAAAAUUCCAGCACAACUGAAAACAAAGGUGGUGUUUCAGUUAAGGGGCUGAGCAACCUGGGAAACACAUGUUUCUUUAAUGCAGUCAUUCAGAAUCUCUCCCAAACACAGCUCUUAAGACAGACUCUCAACAAAGUGACAGGAGAGAAAAUGAGCGUUGACAUUAAUCCUGGUACCUCCUCAGAUCUGGUGAGUUUGCAAUUAGAUCAGCCUGGAUCUCUGACUUUGGCUAUGUGCCAGCUACUCAAUGAGAUCCAGGAAUCCAAGAAGGGUGUGGUAACACCUCGGGAGUUAUUCACACAAGUUUGUAAAAAGGCUGCCAGGUUCAAAGGAUUUCAGCAGCAAGAUAGCCAGGAGCUGCUGCGCUACCUUCUGGACGGGAUGCGAGCCGAGGAAAUCAAAAGAGUAAGCACAGGGAUCAUGGAGGCAUUGAAACAAUCUAGGAAAAGCACAGAUGCAGAGCAGCUGAAAAGUCUGGUAAAAGAAUAUGAGAAAAAUGGAUUUCCAAAAAACUUUGUUGACCAAGUUUUUGGUGGGGAAAUGACCAGCACUAUAAUGUGUCAGCAGUGUAAGACGGUUUCUGUAGUCACAGAAAUGUUUUUGGAUCUUUCCCUACCUGUUUCUGAUGAGGCAUAUAGAAAGAAGAACCAAAAAAAGGGAGUCCAGAGGACCAGUGAGUCAAGCCAGGAUGGCAGAAACAGCCCUGCUUUGACCAAUGGAAAUGAUGACAUUCCCACUGGUACAGGUAGCAAGUACCAGCAGAAGAAAGCCAAGAAGCAGGCGAAGAAGCAAGCAAAGCAUCAAAAGAGGCAGCAGAAGCUUGAGAGCAGAGUCACUUUGGGCAGUCUCACAUCUCCGAGCCGCACAGAAAACGAACAGGCGGAUCCUCCUGCAGAUGCAAAUGAUGGGGAAAAUGCUGAAAGUGAAACACACGAAGAAGCCCAGCUGAGUGAAGGAAAUCCUGCACAAAUCAUCGCUGCUGAGCAGGGUGUGACGAACCUUGACACGGUCCAGGCCGAGACGGAGAAAGAAGAGGGCGAGCAUUCAGUUACUGAGUGUGACUCAUCAGCUACGUCAUCGGUCAGCAACCGUUUUACCGUCUUAUCAGAGGAGCAGCACUCAAAGGACAGCGUCUUAGAUGAUGAGAAAAUAUCUGACAUGGAACAGGAAAGCAGGGGAGACACACAGCUGGUGAGUGAAAUGGAGAAAGUAACCCUGGAUGAUGCUUUCAUAGAGGACUCUGAUGCUGUGGAACAAGACAUGGAGACUGAAGAUGAGCCGCCGGAGGGUAAAGAGUAUACUGUAGUAAAUCAGGACCCAGAGCUGGCCUUCCACACUUUGGCUGCAAGAACAGCCCCUGAGAAACAGGAGUGCUCAGUACAGUCAUGCCUGUUUCAGUUCACAGAAGUGGAAACCCUCACACAAAAUAACAGCCUGCUGUGUGUCACCUGCACUAAACGGCAGGGGAACAAAGACAAAGCUGGAGGAUCCAAGAAGAAUAUCUACACUGAUGCCUUGAAGCAAAUGCUGAUCUCCUCCCCCCCACCAGUGCUCACCCUUCAUUUGAAGAGAUUUCAGCAGAAUGGAUACAGUAUUUGUAAGGUGAACAGACAUGUCCAAUUCCCCCUUGUACUGGAUCUAGCUCCUUUUUGUGCGGUUAAAUGCAAGAACUCGACAGACGGAGAUACUCAGAUUUUGUACAGUUUAUACGGUAUCGUAGAGCACAGUGGAACAAUGAGGUCGGGUCAUUACACGGCAUAUGUGAAAGUACGACCUGAGAGUCCUAAGCCCUCAUCUAACGGACUUGCAGCAGAAGGAGAUGCAGAGCCGUCCAGAGGAUCCUGGUUCCAUAUCAGUGACACAAGUGUUCUGCCUGUGAGUGAGAGUAAAGUCCAGAGUUGCCAAGCCUACCUCCUAUUCUAUGAAAGGACCCUCUGAUCAAACUGUGCCUCACUACUCAGGAAAUCUAAACAAGCCAACCUACUGCUGCUGCUUCAGCUCCAUAGCUGACCAACCAUGGCCUGUUUUGCCAGUGACUCAGACUGGGCUGUGAUGACAUUACAUUCAUUACACACAUGGGACAUUUCACAGUGUUGACAUUUUCAUCACAGUAGUGUCAUACAGUGUUUCAGGUAUUAAACAGAACGAUUAUGUUUCUCAUACUCUUGGGAAUACAGCAAGUUGUGACAUGAAAGUCAAGAUGGAGAUGAACAGAUUGUGGUGGUGGAUUUGUUUAUUGAUUUGCAGGCGAUAGAUGAAAGUUGGUUAAAUGAUUUGUAAAAGAAAAUAUUGAUAUAUCUAUUUUUUAUCAGUGUCAUGUAACGAAAUACUCAAAAAAUAAGAAAAGUUUAUCCUGG